UCCCCCUCCAACCCUUGAUACAAUCUCCAGAAUUUUUGGCCCUCUAAUUCUCCCGCUCCACACACUUGAACUUAUCCCUUGAAUUGUUUCCAAACGAAGGGUGUUGGUUUUAUUUGGUCUGCAUAUGAGUUUUUAUGUAUUUCCUCCAAUUCCCUCUCCCUCUUCUUCAUCCUCCUUGCCGGUCGCCUUUGGAGGAGGCGGAGACAUCACUUGGGUGGUUGCUGCUGACUUUUUUUUUGGUCAUCGGUCCCCUCCCUGUUGCAUUCAGUCUCUCUCUCUCUCUGUCCCACCAGUACAGCCUGGGACAUCGUAGGAGGACUUGGUUGAGGCAGAUCAACCGGCUGAAGUGGUGACACUUUCUCCAGUGUCAACCCAGCCCCUUCCCCACGUUUUCUAGGCUCCGUGGACCAAGACGCGUUCAAAAAUUUGCCAAGGUUUUUGCUCUGCACCAGGUCAGUUUGAUUCAAUGCAUGCCCAAAAUCCAGUUGUUUGAAGGACAGUUGUUGAUUUCUCUUUGAGUAAUGGACAAAAGCGAGGAAUUGUUCAGAAUAGUAAUGGAUAUGGCUAGAGGAAUGGGGUAGACAGAAAAGCAGGAUUGCAACAUGGGUGGAUAGGGCAAAGUGCUGAAGAUGAGACGUGUUUGGCCUCAAAAAUUUAUCCUUUGCUUUGGAUGCCCUUCACUGCUACUGUAUUGUUGGGGCUGAGAGAAGUGCACUCUGUACAUGGGUAGAGGCAUCCUCAUCAUCGUUAUUAUUUUGCAUGGUCUAUGUCUGAGCUUUGGGACUGAAAAGAGCUUCAAAGGCUAAGCCCUGAUGUUGGCUGCCUUGGCACAAUGAACAUUUCCAAGCAUGGAUCGGCUAGAGACAAGGCAAACUUUUCCCUCUUCAAAUGAAAAGGGUGUUGGAAAACUGGCAGUGCAUGGCCAAAGUGCAGUGAGUUCGAGAACGCUAGACGCAAAGCAAUCACACAACGGACCGAGGUAUAAAUUGUCGGGAAUGUGUAUGGUUGACUUGAUUUUUUAAAGUUACAUCUAGAUGUGAUUAUCACUCCACAGAUUAAAAGGGAGUAGUGGUAUCCUAACAGAUUGUGAUAACUGAGAUGAGGGAGUAAACAGAUUAAUAGAUGAGCUAACCUCCAAUCUUUGUCAAUUUCUAAGUCUGAUUCGAUGGUGAGUCAGGGCUUUGAACAUGGAGAGUGAAUUCAAGAAAAUAAUCCUUGUAGAUCCUUUGGGAAAGAGUUAAGGCUGCAAUCCUAUAAACACGUACUUAUUGGUGCCUAGGUCUCACUAGAUCGCAGGGGACGUGUUUCUGAUGCAAACAGGCAUAGGCUCAGGCAAAAUGUGCUAGGUUUUGAGUUCUACUAUUUACAGUUGUGCUGGAAAGUUAAAAUAACUGCACCAAAAACCCAGAGCAGAUCUACAGUUCCUCGCACCAACUUCUAGUAGUGCAAAUACAAACUCCCAAAUUUCAUUUAAAAAAAAAAAGGCAGAGAAUGAAGUGAAUCAGGAUCACAGGAGCAGAAAAAUGAGCAUGAAAGCCGUGAGAGAAACACAUUGGGAUGGCUGAGAAAUGGCAGAGCAGACUUGUUGCAAGUGAGAAACACAAAGGCUGGGAGAACCUGCCGAGGUCAGAAAGGUGCCUGCAAGAACACAGUGGGGAAGGGGGAAAUUGCCUGGACAUGGCAGAGAAGGCAAAUGGGAAGGUUGCUGUUUGUGUAAAGAUGCUGAAAGAUGGGAAGGUUGCUGUUUGUGUAAAGAUGCUGAAAGGAUCAGUGUUGUGCAAGGAAGGGAAGAGCGCAGGACUAUUCUUAAGUGUACAUAAAAUUAUUAAAUAACAACCCCCUGCUUGGCAGGGGGUUGGACUCGAUGGCCCUUGUGGUCUCUUCCAACUCUAUGAUUCUAUGAGGAGCAUUAUUGUUAUUGCUUGUUAUUAUGGUAUGUAUUAUUAUUUUUGGUAUUUUAAUAUUGUAAACUGCCCUUUGAUAUUUGGGUGAAGGACAAUUUAGUAAUUUUAAUAAUAAUAAUAAUAAUAAUAAUACAGUGGUACCUCAGGUUAAGUACUUAAUUCGUUCCGGAGGUCCGUUCUUAAACUGAAACUGUUCUUAACCUGAAGCACCACUUUAGCUAAUGGGGCCUCCUGCUGCCACCGUGCCACCGGAGCAUAAUUUCUGUUCUCAUCCUGAAGCAAAGUUCUUAACCCGAGGUAAUAUUUCUGGGUUAGUGGAGUCUGUAACCUGAAGCAUCUGUAACCUGAAGCGUCUGUAACCUGAAGCGUCUGUAACCCAAGGUACCACUGUAAUAAGUAGCAUGGGGAGAGGACAGGGACAGCGCACUAGAAAAGCAUUGUGCACUAGGGGCAAAACAUGCCACCCAGAGUUUCAGACAAACACAUCAACCAGUUUCUUCACAGAUAGAUAUACUUUUCCACAAGGGAACGUUUGAUCCUCUUUUGCCCUGUUAUGAUGCUGUGCUUCGUGCAAGCAAAUAACAAUGGAGUUUUUGCAAUCACUUUAGAGAGCAUUUUAAGCAAACAGUCCAGCAGCUGCAGUCCUAUGUGCAGCGACUUGGGAGGAAGUCCCAUUUGAUGCAGUAGGCUUUACUUCCACAGAAAUAUACCUAGGAUUGGGCUGUUCUUAAGCCACCCAUGGCAAAAAUGCCCCAAGAAUUAUACGUGAGAAGGAAGCCGGUCCAUGUGGUGGAAGGAAGUCGGUCCUUCGAUGCGGGGGGACUGGGUUUGAAAAAUCCUAUCUCAAACACAAGCAGUGACUCACUUUCUCAUCUGUAAAAUGGGAGUCACAUCUCUAUUCGAAACCAACUAACUUUUAAGGAAGUCUUGUUGGUUCCAAAUGAACUCCUCCUCAUGCAAGACAAUGUUCUGAGGAUUCCACCCUGAGAGUCAUGAUUGGGAAAGACAAUUAAUAACAUUUAAUAUUAAUUUAUUUAUUUCAUUGGAACUAGGGUCAUCUCUACAAUAUAUCUGUUAAGUCUUUAAAGUGCCACAAGACUCUUGUGCUUUUAGCAUUAAUGUUGCACAUCAGAGCACCCAAACUGCUUCACGUGCAUUAUCUCAGUCAUCCUUAGACUAACCCUGUAAGGUAGGCCAGUAAUAUUAUCUCCACGUUGCAGACGGUGGUGGGGAAACUGAGACUGAGAGAGUGUAGCGUGCUUAAGGACGCCAAGACUGCAUAUACACCGUGCAUUUAAAGCAACCCCAAAGAAUCCUGGGAACUGUAGUUCUCUGAGGGGUAAACUGCAGUUCUGAGAAUUCUUUAUAUGUGUGGUGUGCAUUCUGAACUGGGGACUUCCCAGCUCACACUCUUGUUCCCACACUGCACCAAAUAUGGAAAUAUUGCCAUACACACACACACACACACACACACACAAGCUUUAGAGAUGGACAUAACUCUGUACAGAAUGAUUCAAAACUAAGGAUCAACCCACAUGAAACUGGUGGCUACAGAAAAAGAGUGGGUGAAAAACCCCUGCAUGAGGAAAGGAUAGUAGGAUGACCUUGUACUGGGAAACUCAUCAGGUAGAAAGAAAAUGGAUGGAUGGAUAAACAGAGAGGCAGAGAGGACAGGUAAACAGGAACAGAGUAUAGUGAAAGGAGGGGACACAUGUUAAUUUCUUUUGCUCUCCAUAUAACCACCUUCCCAUUAACAUCUGAUCCCAGAGACUAAUGCAUUUGCCUCUAAUUUUUUGUCCUGGUAAGGAUUCAAAUGGAACGGUGGCAGGAAAAUGGAGUUCAAGAAACGGGAGUGGGUUGGGUUUUCCAUUCUUGUCUCCUGACUUCUUAAGACUUCUCAGUCCCACUUUUCCAUUUGGGAUCUAUGGAGUUGGGGCAGGAGCAGAGGGCCUGAGAGGAUGGACUCUACUAGAAAGAGCAAAGCCAGGAAGUCCUCCUGGUUUACCUUCUGCCUAGGCUCUCGGACACCUGGGUUCUUUGGAAGGUCCCAUGUUCUUGUGAAGUUUCUGACGGGGCAAGCUUUAGGCUGAAAUGCAAGCUGGUAUCUCUGUGGGAGCAGCAUAUGAACGGCUUCAGGCUGGAUUAAAACUGCUGCCUGUGAUUCAAUAGUGUCCCGAUAACAAAUACCCCACAGAUAAUUAUCUGAAGCCGGUGAAGCCGGUGAUAAGUUUCUGGAAGCAUCUCUGGGGGCCUCAUGCCCAGCUCGGUAACAGUGUGCAGAGUGCAGUUACUAAAUGGCUAUGGGCACAACUGUAAUUUUGGUUGAAAUGAAAAUAUUCAAAAGGAAAUUUCAUUCCUGCUGAUAAGGACUGGUGUAGCCCAGAGAUAAGGUGAUGCCUUUGAUGCGUGUGGCAUAGAUGUUUGUGGCAGUGUUGCUUUGAUGUUUACAGUGGUAGCUCGGGUUAAGAACUUAAGUCGUUCCGGAGGUCCGUUCUUAACCUGAAACUGUUCUUAACCUGAGGUACCACUUUAGCUAUUGGGGACUCCCGCUGCCGCCGUGCUGCGAUUUCUGUUCUCAUCCUGAAGCAAAGUUCUUAACCUGAGGUACUAUUUCUGGGUUAGUGGAGUCUGUAACCUGAAGCGUCUGUAACCUGAGGUACCACUAUAUAUGUAUUUGUGUGUUUGUGUGUGCGCGUGGGGACACACACACACACACUUAUAUAAAGCCUAGGACAUAAGUUGUUUAGGGCUGUGCUGUGUGGCAUAUUUCACAUUUUCAGAGAUGAAUACAGCACAGGCGCUAUUUUAACAUCCCUAUUUUCAAAAGAAGUUUCACUAUUUGAGUUCUCCCCCCCCCCCCCCCAGAUUAUUACAGUGGUACCUCGGGUUACUGACACUUCAGGUUAUAGACGCUUCAGGUUACAGACGCUUCAGGUUACAGACUCCGCUAACCCAGAAAUAGUACCUCGGGUUAAGAACUUUGCUUCAGGAUGAGAACAGAAAUCGCGCAGCAGCGGCAUGGCGGCAGCGGGAGGCCCCAUUAGCUAAAGUGGUGCUUCAGGUUAAGAACAGUUUCAGGUUAAGAACGGACCUCCAGAACGAAUUAAGUUCUUAACCCGAGGUACCACUGUACACAUUGUUGAAGUCUCUCAUUGACCUGCUAUAGAUCCUGCAUUUAUUUACCCUGCCAUAGUCUGCCCUCCACUGGUUGAAAAUCCAACACAGCAUGGUUCCUUAUUGACUUCAGGACCUUCUAUAGUAUUUAAAUUCAGAAUUUUGUCCCUUUGAUUAGAGAUGUCCGGGGGGGGGGGGAACAUGCUUCUUCUACAAUAUGUUAUCAAGAGCAGCAGCUGCAGUGUAUGAAAUGAUAGAGAGUUGUGCCCUGCAUGGUGUCUUCAUGUUCAUGUUUAUACACAUAUGAAGGUGCACAAGAGGCAAGGUGUGUUGUCCACCUCCAGUCAGAGAUUUAAUUGCUGGAGAUCCCAGAAAGGGAGCUGAACCCUGAUGAAUGAUUCUAGCUGCUUGCACUGACAAAUUUCCUGAAAUGCAAAAUUUAGAAAAGCAACUUACCUGGAACAGAUAGCAGAAAUUAGUCAUUAUCCCUGGUAAAUAAAAGCAUAGGAAGCUGCCUUAUACUCAGAUCACUGGCCCAGCUAGUACUGUCUACCCUGACUGGCCAGGGUUUCAGACAAGGAACAAUCCCAGCCCUAGCAGAAGAGGACCUUCUGUAUCAAAGGAGAUGCUCUACCACUGAUCUGUGGCCCUUCCCCAGUAAGAAUCACAUAAACGACUGGUGCGUAUAUUUCGGACCCUUUGGACUUGUGAUUUGUUGAGCUGAAGACAGCACAGCAUCUGUGGCCUGCCAUCUGCUUGACACUGACCUGGGCUUUUGACAUCCAAGGUGGGAGGCAGGAAAACCAGAUUUACUAAGCCCCUGGAAGGCCAUCUCACACAUGGUUGGUGCAGAUUGCAUUCUGCUAGUGGGUGACAAGUUGUGAAGGCCUGUUGCACAUUUUGGGGAGUCAUGAUGGAUUCUAGGGCCCCAUCUGCACCAUACAUUUCAAGCAGUAUCACAAGACAUGUGUGACUCCAGCAUUGUGACCCUCUAGAAUAACAAAGGGGACCACCACACAUAUAUGGUAUAGGAAUGUGAGCUGCAAAGUCUUGCAUUCAAAAGUAGCCCCAGCCAUGAACUCACUGACUGGCUAUAGGCAGUUUCAGGCUUCCCAAAUACAAUAUGGAGAUAAUGACCAUGUUUGGAUGAUCAUAUCUUGCCUUUGAAAGCUGAGAUAUGAGCGAGCCUUUCAGCCACACACAGAGCUCCUUCCAUUCCUCUCUUUGUACAAGCAAGCAAAAAACAACGUUAAAUCUUUUCGUUAACCAUCACAGGAGUUGCCAAUCUGAUCUUCUCUGGAUUUAUUGGACUCCCAGCAGUACCAGGCCAAUGGAACUGUAGUCCAACUGUAUCUGGAGAGUAAUAAUUUGGCAAACCUGAUUUGAACCAGGAAACCAUGGUUAACAGCUUCAAAACAAGCCAAAGUAUUAAAUUGUGGUUUUGAAUUGGCUUAAUCUCUUGGCCUAUUUGGAAGCUGUUAAUUAUAGUUUCCUGAUUCAGAUGAAAUGGGAAGCUAUAACAAAUUGAAGACUUCUUGGUUUCUGAGAAUCAAAAACUUGUAGAGUUGGAAGGGUCUGCAAAGCCUGGCGCAAAAGACCCGGGAUUUGGGGUUCUUAAAAAUACCCCUGGCUCCCUCUCUGCUGCUGCUGUUUGAAGAUGCAGAUUUUUAGACAGACAUGGAUGUUAAGACAUGCUGCCGAAGAUGCUGCAAAGCUGUGAAUUGAAACAAUCUCUGUGUUGUUUUUUAAUAUAAUCUUUAUUAUUUUAAAUUACACACAUAUACAAAGAAUUUACAACCUCAUAUUACAAAAAGAAAAUUAAAGAAAAAAGCAAUUAAGAAAGAAAAAAGAAAAUACAAAAGAAGAAAAAAAGAAAAAGCAGAUUUACAUACAUAGAAAAGCAUAAUCUUCCUUGUUAACACUUAAAUAAACACCUAAAUAAAAAGACUUCUGACAAAACAAGUCUUCCGAUCAUUCUCGUUGUACUAUUUAUACUGUUUUUAUCUGGUUUUGAAGUUUGUUUUUCACUGUACUGCCUUGCUGUCAUUUUGUUGCUCGCUUUAAAAUGAUUUGUAAGCCACCUCGAGCUCCCUUGGCCCAGGACGGGGGCUGCAGAGCAGGUACAGCGCUGCAAAAAAGCACAGCAAAUACCCACAUAUAAAAAUGUGCAUCUGAAUUCUGCAGCCCAGCCUAUGACUCAGAAUCUGGUCCCCCAUUCCCCUCCCACAGAACAGAAUCGAGGAGGUCCUUUAAAGGCCCCAGAGGUGCAAAGGGGGAGGAAAUGAAUCAGAGGACAACAGCGCCACUAGUCCCACGUUCAGAGGAAGCUGGCAUGCGUACAAGGUUGAUUUCAAAAGGCUUCCUUUGGUACCCCAUGACUGAACACACUGCAAAGAUCGGGCGAUAAGGCCUGGCACCAGAUCCAACUGCCAUUCACAGGGCAGAGGAGCAGGGUCCUAGAAAGAUGUAGCUGAGGAUGCACAGUUUUCUGCAGGAAGCCCCCAAAGAACCUGGCAGGCAAGGAACUGCAAGCUCUGCAGGAAGGGCGCUUGUGAAUGGCAGGUUAACGCGAUGGGGUCUUGCUUGGUUCUUCUUCCAGCAGAUUAAAAGCAGCUGGUGCUCCCUUGGGGCAGUGGAGGCUGGUCCACUAGGGCACAUGGGGCACUGCCCCAUCCCCCUUAGUCUUUCCUCAAUCACCUGCCAGUGUGGUGUAGUGGUUAAGAGUGGUAGACUCAUAAUCUGGUGAACCGGGUUCGCUUCCCUGCUCCUCCACAUGCAGCUGCUGGGUGACCUUGGGCUAGUCACACUUCUCUGAAGUCUCUCAGCCCCACUCACCUCACAGAGUGUUUGUUGUGGGGGAGGAAGGGAAAGGAGAAUAUUAGCAGCUUUAAGACUUCUUCAGGUAGUGAUAAAACAGGAUAUCAAAUCCAAACUCCUCCUCCUCCUCUUCUUCUUCUUUCUUACAACCAGCCCAGGGGAUGACUCUGCCAGCCAACUGCCUCUUCUUUAAGGCUUAUCAACACUUAACUUUUGCCCUGUGCUAUCUGGGCACAAGUCCACACUUGAAAGCUCCAUGUCCGAGCGCCCUGUUUUUGCCCGCGAGCUUUGCCCAUGAAAACCGGCUCUUUAAAACUGAAGUGCAACAAAAGGCAAUUCAUGUUAUCCAUGGGUUGCUGUUUGCUCUGGUUCAGCCCCCAAAUUGGCGUUCUGAUUUGAUUCCCUACUACCGAAGCUGAAAUUAGCCAGAGUGUAAGAGAGAAAUAGGACGCGGGUGACGUUGUGGGUUAAACCACACAGCCUAGGACUUGCUGAUCAGAAGGUCGGCGGUUCAAAUCCCCGCGACAGGGUGAGCUCCCGUUGCUCAGUCCCUGCUCCUGCCAACCUAGCAGUUCGAAAGCACGUCAAAGUGCAAGUAGAUAAAUAGGUACCGCUCUGGCGGGAAGGUAAACGGCAUUUCCGUGCGCUGCUCUGGUUCGCCAGAAGUGGCUUAGUCAUGCUAGCCACAUGACCCGGAAGCAGUACGCCAGCUCCCUCGGCCAGUAAAGCGAGAUGAGCACCGCAACCCCAGAGUUGGUCACGACUGGACCUACUGGUCAGGGGUCCCUUUUAAGAGAGAAAUACAAGCACAAUACAGACAUAUGUGUUUCCCCCAAAGGAGUCUCAGGUGACAAGCAUUGCUUCUCUUUCCCCAGCCUUCCCCGAUUUUAGCCUCACAAUUUUAGCUCUGGGAAGCCCAAGAGAGUCCUGCCCCUGCCGCCCCACAAACAUGAGCUUUGUGGCUGCCUGGGGUUUUGAACCUAGGUCUUCCCUGUUCUUGUCCAGUCUUUGCUUCACACGCCCAAUAUAUUACAUGGGACACACACUGCAAGCAAACUCAAAUAACCCCCACACUUUUUUUCCCUGGAGCCUCAUCAGAUCUGGAAGCUGAUAUUGAUGAGGAAAGUAAAGAUGUCACUUCUGAGAAAGAGAGACUGGUUAGAGAAAGAGAUAAGAGCAAGGAGGGUGAAUUGCAGAGUCACAAGGAAACUGGUUCCUCCAACAGGCCCUGGACUUCUCUGUCCUCCUUGGGCAAAGGAGGCAAAUCCAGAAAGGCUCUGCAAACACUGUUCUCACCUGGGUUCUCAUUAAAUCCAACUCCCAUCUAAGCACAAGGCCCCUGGUUGGCCUCCACUGCCAACAGCCUUAAAGGUAAAGGUAAAGGGACCCCUGACCAUUAGGUCCAGUCGUGACCGACUCUGGGGUUGCUCAUCUCGCUUUACUGGCUGAGGGAGCCAGGGUCAUGUGGCCAGCAUGACUAAGCCGCUUCUGGCAAACCAGAGCAGCGCAUGGAAAUGCCGUUUACCUUCCCGCUGGAGCGGUACCUAUUUAUCUACUUGCAUUUCGUGCUUUCGAACUGCUAGGUUGCCAGGAGCAGGGACCGAACAACGGGCGCUCACCCCGUCGUGGGGAUUCGAACCGCCAACCUUCUGAUCGGCAAGCCAAACCUGCACUACAUUUAUCACGCAAUUCUUUUUGUUUAUCCCAUGAGAAUCUGUUGCUGUGCCCCAGUGUAUCUUUGCCAUGCUGUUUUAAUGGUAGGGAUCAAAAUGGUGUGUUCCCAUUUUAACACUGCAGAGCAGUAAAGGAUGGGCUACAAAAACCAAGACUUUCGCCACCUCCCCACCAAUCCAUCCCAAACAUCUUUUGGAUAGAGUUGCAAAUAUCUGGUGGAGGCCCAGAUAUUUCUACACCCCGGGCUCACAAUGGGGUAGGAUGCCAUCUCACAUCUUUUCAGGUGGACACAGUUGGCCUACCUUCCCACUUUCUGUUGAUAUUUUCACCCCCUCCCACUGCGAGAAUCUCCUGAUCUGAUGUUUUGAGAAAGGAGGGGGCAGAAACUGCUCUUCUACUCUUCCACUCCUGACUGACUGCCUGACUCUGUGUGUGGAGAGAGUCUUAUCCAUGUAGUGACUAGAUGGCUGAGUGGGAGCUGCAACACUCAUGCAAGCCGCUAGUUCGUUAGUUUGUAGUAGCUAUUGGAAAUAAAAGAAGUUAUGCUUCACAGCUAAUUCCGCGUUAUUUAUACUCUGCUGAGUCUGCUGCUCACAAUGCACAGUUGUGAGUCCAGGGCACUGAGACCUGCUUUCCAGGAUUGGAAGGUCUCUGAAAGUGCUCCAGUCACCUAGCCCAGUCAGGGCAGAACCAGUUAUUGAGCCCAGUCGCUGACAUCGGUUGAAAGGCAUACAGUGGUACCUCGGGUUACAGAUGCUUCAGUUUACAGACGCUUCAGGUUACAGAGGCUUCAGGUUACAGACUCUGCUAACCCUGAAAUAGUACCUCAGGUUAAGAACUUUACCUCAGGAUGAGAACAGAAAUCUUGUGGUGGCAGCAGGAGGCCCCAUUAGCUAAAGUGGUGCUUCAGGUUAAGAACAGUUUCAGGUUAAGAAUGAACCUCCAGAACGAAUCAAGUACUUAACCCGAGGUACCACUAUACUGACACUUUCCUCUCGUUCACACUCUGAAAUCAUUCCACUUUCUAUCACCACCCCAUUUUGAGCACUGCAUAAUCACAGAAUCUUAGAGUAGGAAGGGACCCCCAAAGGUCAUCUAGUCCAACCCCCUGCAAUACGGGAAUCUCAGCUAAAGCAUCCCUGACAGGUGGCCAUCCAACCUCUGCUUAAAAACCUUCAAGGAAGGAGAGUGCACCAUCUCUCAAGAGAGUUGGUUCCACUGUCAAACAGCUCUUACUGUCAGAAAGUUCUUAUUGAUGUUUAGUUGGAAUCUCCUUUCUUGCAACUUGAAGCCGCUGGUUCGAGUCCUACCCUCAAGAGCAGGAGAAAACAAGCAUGCUCCCUCCUCCAUGUGACACAGCCGAAAAAAUCUUUAUUAUUAUUUUUAGCCUCUCUUGCAAGCCAGAGCUCCUUCUGAGCUUUAGCCAGCCUGACUUUCCCCCUGCAACUGUUGGCUACUCAUGUAUACUCCUCCUUUGCGAUUUCCCUUUCUUCCAUUUCUUAUACAUGCCCCUCUUAAUUCUCAUCUCAUCUGUAAGCUCCUUAUGCAGUCACACCGGUUUCCUUUUAUUUUUCAGUUCCAAUGUGGCUUAAGGAUAGGUGGAGAACUGAACACGAAGAGGCACACAUUUACAGAUGUGAUUCUAGACUCUGAAACCUAGAGCUGGUUAGAAAUGCUUGGUUUGUAGCCAAUGUUAGUCCUAUUUGGUAUAGACCCAUUGGAAAUAAUGGGCAUGACUAACUUUGGUCCAUUCAUUUCAAUGAGUCUAACUCUGAGUGUAACUUAGUUGGAUAGAAACCCUUGUGCGUAACUGCAGGAUGUGUUGUGCUUCACAAAAGACAAUCCUCUCUUUGAAGUCAAAGUUUGAUUUAAGGAUAAGAGAGAACAGCAGAGGCCUUGACAUGGUCCAUCAGCAGUUAGUAGCGCCUGGUCAGCAGACGGAGCAGGCAGCAAAAGCUACCUGUUGUCUUCACCACAAUGUUGAUGUGUAUUCUAUUUCUACUACAGUAAUUAUUUCUACAUUUAUGUGAACAUAUGAACUAGCAUAUUACAAUGUUGUGCGAACUGGAUGCCCUCUUUGAUUCUUCUUUUUGUGUGAUGCAGAUCCUCCUUUUUGGCAAUACAUAACUGGCCAAAAAGAAGUGCCAGCAGCACAGCUUGUUAUUGUUGCUUCUGCAAGCGGCAGUAAGAGCACCUCCUUAGGUAGCCUGACCACUGUUUUGCACACCCCAUAAUGCCCCAGGCCUGGCAUCGUUCUGGGACACUGUGGGAGGGAAGAAAUGGUGGUUGAUUCUCUCUCUCUCUCUCCCUCUGUGUGUGGAAAUAUUCAGAUAACAUUUCUGAAGAACUGCCAUUUUUUCUUCUGGGAUGGAAUUUUCUCAGAAAAAUGUCUUCUGAGAAAUUUUGGCUCCGCUUUAGUUGAAAGGGGCAGGUGAGCAAAGCAGCAUUGAUAUUAUAUUUUAUUUGCUAUUAUUAUUACUCAUACUCUCUCAUCCUUUGUGUGCAGUCUGGAUACUGCACUAUGGACUCUGAAGUGGGAUUUUCAGGUCAGCUCACGAAGUCCAAAAUGCAAUACGGGGCAAACUUCAAACUGAUCUUGGUCUGAAGUAGCUUGGUUGCCAGCAGUAAAGCCGCUAGGUAUCUAAGAACUGGCAUGCUCAGGAAUUGGCUGCCACAUCUACUACCAAGAACAGCUGCCAAAAGAAGAGGAACAUAAAUAUAUUUAUCACUGGAUAAAUAGUGUUGCAAAAGCCCAGUGCCUGCCUCUCUCUCUGCCAAAUGGUGACAAGAGCACAUGGGAUUACAGGCACACACACAGGGUCUGUGUAUGUACCUUUGGAGAAUAGGUAGAAGACACGGUGGAAACUGUUGUGCUUUAGGAAAUAUGGUUUAUUCACCUAUUUACAACUUCAGUCAUUCAGAGGGCAACACAUUGGCGACCUCUGCUGCAGAGUGUUCUGGAAGUAAAGGCGAACCAAGAUAAAACUCAUGAAUGCUGGUUCUAAUCACUAGGCCCCAACAAUGUACUAGAUCUCAUUCACUUCUCAGUCAGGAAUCUGGACUCUCGUCUCAUGUGCCAUGCUUAAAAAAAAUAAAUUCAUUGCAGGUUUUAUCAUCUGGAGAGGAAGAUUCCAAUUAAGAACGGACAAUGGAUUAUUCUACUGUGGGGAAUGAAGAUUCUGCCCCCCAGUAUUUUGAACAUCCCCAUUUGCAAGCAAAUGAUGAUGCAGACCUAUUCUUUCCUGCUUCAGAGGGUAUUGAUGCUGGGGCCAUGCCCACCUACUUCUCUCGUAUGUCUGAAUCCUACAGACACUCUCCAGGUAGGUAUACAGUGGUUGCAAGAGGACAUACCUUUAAACAUACUAAGCAGCUGAUCCCAAUACCCUCCCCACCUCCCUCUGCCUGCAAGCUAUUAGCCCUUGUAAUUACCCUUUUGAAUCAUAGAUGGAUAUGCUGCAUUUGGCAAAGGCCCUCUGUGCACUCAGAGAGACUUUUACUAUUACUUUGGAGGCAAAAGUAAUGUGUUAGUGCAUCUAUGUAGCCGCCUCCUUCUCAGAAUUUCUGGCUGAUGGGCUUACAGUGAUACCGUUGUGUUUUUACAUUGCAAAUAUUAAAGUAUAUGUUGAACCUUCAAUUUUAAAAAAACAUCAACGUUGUGAGCUGCUUCUAUUCAGGGUUCCUGACAGACUGUUAUGCUCUUUCCCAAGAUACUCUGUUCCAUUACCUCCCCCAACCCCAGUUUUCCAUACCCCCCACAAAAGGUACUCAACCCCACCUAAUUCAGUGGGGCUUAUUUCAGAGUAGUCAUGGCUAAGAUUGCAAUCUCGGCAUUGUAUGGCCAUUCACAGUCCUCACUGUGGGAAUGUGGAUCCAGCCAGAGGGCUGUAACCUAAACUGGCCCAUCUUUGAAAGGUCCACCCACCAGUCAAUCACUUGAUGUCAUAUUACAUCAUGUAGUUCAAUUUUAAACUUGCAGCUGCAAAGGAAACCGCUUUGAGGUUUUUCCUUGCAGUCAAGGAAGGAAGGAAUUUUAUGAAAUAAAAGUAAAGGAAGGAAAGAAGAACGGACUCCCAAUUCUUCCUUUACAACCAUGGCUUGCAUUUGGGGGUGGGGGGGAAUCAAGCCACGCCUGAUUCAUCCUUUUGAAUUUGGCACCAUGGCUUGACCUGUGCUGGAUGUCAUGUGACAGGUGGCCAUGGACCAAAUGAAGAGGCCUGGUUAGCCUAAUUACACCCACAAUUCCCAGCACCCUGAACAAACUACAGCUCACAGGCUCCAUGUCCUUUAAAUGUAUGGUGUGAAGAGAGUCUGGGAGCUCUCCGUGGUGCUGUACCACCUGCCCUCCAGCCCCCCGGAGGCCUCCAUGGGACCAGAACAGGAAAAGAGGCUGCAUGCUUCUGAAUACUGGUGCGUGCGUGUGAGAGGAGCGAGGCUGUCCCUAUAGCCUGACUGUGGGCUUCCUGGAAGCAUCUAACUGACCGCUGCUGGCAACAGGAUACCGAAUGAAGGAGCCCCUUAUUCUGAUCCAGCAGAGCCUGCUUGGCCAACUCUAGUGUAGGCCCACUGCCCUGAACACCUGCACACCCUACUUAAUGUUUCCUUUUGUUUCCUCUCCAACAGUGCGGCAGUUGUAUCCCAUCCUCAAUGGUUUGCAGUGGGUGGAUGGGCACCCUUACAGCACAGCAGCUUGGGUCUCCAGUUCUUCUGGAAAGCCCCACGCUGGACUCCCAAUCUACACCUCUGCCACGUCCUCAUAUCAGACCCUCCAAGCGCCUCCCUCGCCCAAGGACCUCAGCCCCGAUGACAAGGGGAGUCCCAGAUACCUGGAGAUGUUGAAGACGGAGCGGAUGAGCCCCACGCAUGCUGAGCUGCUGCCUUUAGGAACCCCGACUGGAGCAGCUUACGCAAUGGGGCAGGACUUUGGAUACUUCCCGCCAUCUGGGAGUCCCCUGACAGCUGGGUAUUCCCCUAAACUACGGGGGGCAACACAGCUCUCUCCUACUGGUGAGGAUUUUUGCUGGGGACCAUCACAUGGGCUGCGGAGCAAAGCGGGAACGAUGGGACACAAUGGACUGCACCACUCUAGACCUCUUUCAAAAGCUCGCCUGCCUGUUAAACAAAAACACCUUCGUAAAAUGGUGCAGACUGGAGAGGCAGAGUUUUCAAAUUUGUUACAGUUUUGUACCAAAGUUAAAAAUUUGCACCAAAAUACUUUUUCAUUUCAGUCCUAAUGUGAAUAUUUAAAUGCAGGUUGUUGUUGUUGUUUUAGAAAAACCUAAACAUGCCAAAUGUGUGGAUCACUCAGAUUACAUUUCCCAUUAGGAAGUUUGGCCAUGAUGUUGAAAGAGUUUAUGUACUCUAGCCGGCCCAGCUGAUCAGCACUUUUUGUGUGCUGGUUGGACGUCAGAGCUGACUAACCAUGAAGCUGUUUACCGGAGGCAACUGCAAGACAUAGUCAGCGUAAAAAAUGUGUUUAGGAGAAGCGAUAUCCACAGGCAAAUCUAUAAAAUGCUAGAGUGCCUGUGGCUUAAUCUUGGUCAUGAACUGCCACCUCUGAGCUGCAAAGUUCUGCUCAUUAAAUGUAGAACAUAUUUCUUUCCCACAUUAUACUCUGCAUAUGCUUAGCGGCACAAUAAUUAUGACCUUACGUCAGGUUCCAGAUCUGGACUCUGGCAUUGAAAACACGUUCUGGAGCUGACCUCUUAGGUUCUAGGAUGAGCUUAUAGACCAAGACGGAUCCAUAAUGGAGAUUAAGCUCUAGCAGCAUUUAUUAGACAUUUACCCAUUAUGUAAAUGAAUUAAUAUUCCUCUACCCAAGAAUCAUUCUUUUUGGCAUCUUUCUUGCGCUUUCUCUGUCUGGCCUUCUCCAGCCCAGCACUGCAUCAGACAUGCUGCUAGUAGCAUCUCCUCAAAGUGAAGGGCCUCAUGCCCACCCCCCUCUGAGCUAUUCUGCCACUUCCCCACCAACUGCUUGUCUCCAUCUCUUUCCUCAGAGGCGCGAGAGUGCGUGAAUUGCGGAGCCACAGCCACGCCACUGUGGCGAAGGGAUGGCACUGGUCACUACCUCUGUAAUGCCUGUGGGCUCUACCACAAGAUGAAUGGGCAGAACAGGCCUCUCAUCCGGCCAAAGAAACGUCUGGUAAUAUAUUUUUAUGUUCAGGGCAACAUUGAGGUUUGCAGAGGUACAUUCUGGUGGGGGGGUGCAUGGAAAUCUGACUGACAGAGGUGGGCAGGAAUGGGUAGGUAGGAGAAUGGAGUGGCGUGGCUGGACUCCCUGCAACAGUUUGUUGCAGGUUCCAUUUGUCGCUGUAUGUAACAACCCUCAUCAUAUUCAACCAUGCAGAUUGUCAGCAAGCGAGCCGGCACCCAGUGCAGUAACUGCCAGACAACGACCACCACCCUCUGGCGCCGAAACGUGAACGGAGAACCCGUAUGCAAUGCCUGCGGUCUCUAUUUCAAGCUGCACAAUGUAAGCCAAGGCAGUAGGGCGUUUGGUUGAUGGAAUAAGGGCAUCUCAGUGUGAUUGUGUCCAGAAAACUGGAUCUGGAGUGUCUUGAUAAACAGCCUCAGGAUUAUCUCAUGAAUGCUUGCUUGCUUCUCUCUUGCGCUCUCUCUUUCUCUCUCACAAACAUCCAUUUAAUGGAUAAAAAGCAUUACACUGAUUUUAUGUUAAGUUUAUAGAAAGAUAAAGCAUUCCUCGUGCAAUAUGAACUUAAUUUCACAAGCAGCCGUCUCAGCCCCACCUGGGUUCCAGAUACAAGUACUAGGUCAUCAGCAUACAAUAAAACUGAGAGUUUUUGGUCGAGAAUUGUGACAGGAGCAAACUGUAGGUCCUCCAGUUCUUUAACCAUGUCAUUAAUAUAAAAAUUAAACAGGAAAGGCGCCAAAAUGCAUCCCUGUUUGACUCCAGUAAUGGUCUUAAUUCUAGCGGUGAGAUAGCCAGCCAGAUCCACCUUUACUUGUAUUGAUGUGUCAGUAUAUAAUGUUUUGAUAAGAAAUAAUAGACGGAGGUCUAUAUUUCUCUUUUCCAAUUUUUGCCACAAUGCAUGUCUUGAGACUGUAUCAAAAGCUGACUUUAGAUCGAUAAAAGCAACAUAUAAUAAGUGACUUAAGGACUGUUUUGGCCGAGUAGACCUGCCACAUCAAAUAAGUGUGCGCAACUGUCUUCAAAAUCUGCAUUUCCCUAGAACUGAGAAAACCCAUUUGUGUCAUUAAAACACCUCCCCAAAUGCUAACGUUUUCAGAAUGCAGAUGUUUAGCGUGCUGUGAUAGCUGUCAAAUUCUGUCUGCAAGCUGGUGGACAGGAUAACAAGAAACGGUACGGCACUGUGGACAAGGCUGCACGAGCACUGAAACAGGAAGUUUGCUGUUCAAAACCUGGCACUGCCCUAAAUGCGCGCCAUGGCCUCGAACGAGCCAUCCUGACAAACUACACUUUAUUACUUAAACCUGAUGGCUUCUUCUUCUGAAGAUGUUUUCAGAAGGGAACCUGCAGAGGCUUCCCCCUUUGCCCACCUGUUUUCUGCUGCCUGGACCACCUGUAGCUCCUAACGGCAAUUUAUAUGGCCCAGACACUUCCUGAAGCUGCCUCGUCCACCUAUUCCAUCAGCAUUCCUUCCUUCUCAUUCUUGUCCUCCCUAUUCUUUCGGGCUUUCUGAAGUGUUUUCACCCUUGUUCUGUGUUGUUUCAGAAUAAGCAGAAGGGCCUUAUGCACCUUUCCUCUGCUCUUGCAAAUGGCAAUCUGUGGAAAGCCCAAAUUGUCGUUUGCUCUAAUUGAGAGCUAAAAAGCGGGUUUCUGUGGGGAAAGCUUGGGGCGGGGGAGAAAAUGACACAUGCUUGGACACGAAGCUUUUAAGUGCAGACGUGUCCCUGGAAAGAGCAGGAAAAAAGUUACGUGUGGAUAAGCCCCGAGUGUUUUAUUUGAUAAAAGGUACAUAGUGUUGUGUUCAGUCAUACCCAGAGCGGAUCCAUGUAAAUGACUUGGCUAACUUAAUGCCCCUUAAUUUCAGUGGGUCUACUCUAAGUAAGACUUAGUUGGAUACAAUCCAUGGAUUUUAAAAGAACGUGUUCCCUCCUAGUUUGCCUGUUUUGGGGGAAAUAAAUCUGAUCCCCCACCCCCAGAUGUUUGAGAACAAAUUGGUAGGCUUCUGCCAUUCCCAUGUUGCCUUGAGGAGGACUCAAAUUUGGGUGACUCUAUACCGCUCCAAAGGGAGCACCUUCAGUACCCUUUUCCCAGACCAAGGAUGUGCCUCUCCCAUUGUCCUCAGAUCCUGGGGGUGCCUACCCUGUAGCUUCUCCUGCAGAGCUGUCACGGCCAGGAUGAGGCAAUUGCCUCGGGGUGUGGAUCUGCCAGCUGCCACACGCAUACAUCCUCCUGCAACAUGCACACAUACCCCAUCUCUGUUUACUCCUCGGGUCACUUCAGGCAGUGUGCGUAUGUGAAGUGGCAUUUUUAGCACACUAAAGUCAGGAAGGAAUUGCUUUCAUUUGCUUUCCAGAACAGUAACUGUAUCGUUAUGUUGCACUACAGCAAGCAAGCAAACAAAAUAAUAAUUAUUAUUAAUAAUAAUUUUAUUAUUUAUACCCCACCCAUCUGGCUGGGUUUCCCCAGCCACUCUGGGCGGCUGACAGUAUAUCUAAAAACAUCAAGUGUUAAAAACCUCCCAAUACAGGGCUGCCUUCAGAUGUCUUCUAAAAGUUGUGUGAUUCUUUAUCUCCUUGACAUCUGAAGGGAGGGUGUUCCAUAGGGAGAGCACCACAACCGAGAAGGCCCUCUGCCUUGAGAAGUGAUCCUGUCAAACCUGGUGGAGUUUACUUCUGAGUUAGUAUGGCUCCAUAGCCAACCCUGCGCCUCUCUGCUCUCUAUCUGAACCAUGCACCUGCUCUGCAAACAGCUAUUGCUCUGGCCUCUUCUUUACUCUAUGAUCUUCCUGCGAUUCCUUCUGCUCGCUGGCUCUCGACCACUCUGCGGCACUGCUCUCACGCUCGCUCACGGCUCCAUCUUCUGCCUUUCAGGUGAAUCGUCCCUUGGCAAUGCGCAAGGAUGGGAUCCAGACCCGGAACCGCAAGGUCUCUUCAGCCAAGUCCAAAAAGCGCAAGGGGAAUUCCGGGGAAGCUGCCAUGUCCACCCCAACCCCCCUGGAGUUGAUGCCAGCACCUCUGAUGGGGGAAGAAGCAGCUGCCCUCUAUACUCUCAGCCCCAUGAUGUUGCCAGGACAUUUGCUCCCUUUUGGACCCAAUCCACACCUUCUAGGCUCUCCACCAGGCUUUCCUCCACAGGCUUCUCCUGCCCCACAUGGCUCCCCGGGGGUUGUCUCUGCACUGGGGUAAAGAGCCCUACAACCACACAACAACCCACGGCAUUCAUGUACAGUGACUCUGGGACCAAUAAGCAAGGAGGGCACAUCUCUCUUGAUAAUAUUUUGGAGCACGUGUAUUAACUGCUUGCAGCAUGGGCGCCUUGGAAGGACAGGAGAAAAGAAUAACAACGGGAGGAUGCUCUGAUCCCGCAGCUCGUCAUCAGAGAAGACAUAUAUUAUGGGGUAGUUCCCCCAAGCAGCGGAUGAGGUGGUGAUAAAGCAGUCGAGCUCUUUUCCAGGCUGAAUGUGCCACUUCAUACCGCAGGUGAGAAAUGCUGGGGCCGAACGCUUCCCCAUCGGGGAGCAGGUGGUGGGAACAUUUGCUGUCCAUGCAAGGGAACACAGGAUGCUGUCUCAUACAGAGUCAAACCACUGGUCCAUCUAGCAUUUGCUACACUGACUGGCAGCAACUAGCAAGGAUUCCAACCAGAGGUCUUUUCUGGUCAUUCUGGAGGUGCUGGGGGUUGAACCGCAUGCAAGGUAUUUAUGUUACAUUCGGGCUAUGAAGAAACAAGGACAACCCUUCUCUCUGACAUCCACUGUUUCCUACGCAUGGAAGAAGAUUUUUGUGCAGUCCCUCCACCUACUAAGCCAUAGACGGAAGCGAGCUACUGAUACCUCCGCCCAGCUUUCUCCACCCUAUCUGUAAAGAGCUGCUGUCCAACUAUCUCCAACCACUUUCUCUUCCUUGCCUAUUUGGCUAAGCAUGGCCAGCUCAUUUGCAUACCUUACAUACAGUACUCCAGGAGUAUCUGCACCUGCUUUUCUGCUUUCACAGCUAUGUUUCCCCUGUGGAAUAAGUGGGAUGAGUGCUCUGCGUGUGGUCGGAUGCGUCCCCUGCAGCCUGGAUUGGGUGACAACAAGAAGUUCAUAAUGAGCACCUGUCCUCUCCACCUCCACCCCUGCCAGACUGGUGAAUUGGCCCAUCAUAAGCAAAGCACAUACUUUUGCACAGUGCCUCCCUUCUUGUCUUAGGGAAACACAUGUACAAAUGCAAAAAGAAAAAUGCAAAAAGUUUCAUGCUUGUGAGAAAUAGUGCUUCCACCCACCCUAUUUGUCAUGUAUAUGGUAAACGGGCCCUGCCGUUUUAAGUCGGUAACCCCAUCCUGAAUUCUCCCUUUGUUCCUGUAUAUCUGCCUGCAAUGCAAAUGGCAAUCCUAAUAGUCAUCCGCCCUAUUAUGUAUCUCAGCUGUCCUGUCUGUCCCACACACGCCCCCCCCCCACCGGCAAACCAAGAGUGGCUAUCAGUGUGGCUAUCAGUAGAGAUUUGGGGAAAAGUUGUUCCAUGUACAUCUCAGCUGCUCGCUACUGCUUGCCUGUUGUGGGACACGGAGUUUUGUUUUGGGACUCCUUCGCCUUGGGGAACGCUGCACUCGGGCACGCCACUCCCACCUGCAGUGUUGUUCAAUCCAGGAAAAAAACACCUUUCCACUCGUUUCUGCUGACUGUCUAAACCGACCUGUUAAAAAUUAGUUGCUGGGCAGGGCAGUUUGUACAUUUGUACCAGAGUGAAGCGACUUUUGUCCUGCACGAUCUACUGAAAAACGGGGGAAUAUCCAUCAAUGUCUUUCAAUUUACAAAGCAAACAUGCACACUCAGGAUCUCUUUAACAGUUAAGGCACAACUAAUCUGCUUUAUUAUAUACUCCAUUCGUAACCCAAAGGGUUGGACCUGGAAUUGAUUCACCUCUGCCUGUCGUUGGCUCUGACUUCACCUCCUGUUGGCCUCUCUGCCUUGUGCCCUACUAUUCUCAGUGAGCGUCAGACCAGAGUCCACCUGGCUUAUCAUUAUUUUGAAAGGAUUCCAACUAUAAGCAGACACUUAUAGUUGGAUAGCUGGGUGUGGACUAGGGAUUCUGCGGCCCUCCAGAUUUUGUUGGACUCCCAACUCCCACUGGCACUGCCCAGCAUUGCCAAUCGUCAGGGAUUAUGGGAGUCGGAGUCGGGGGCGGGGGGGGACGGACAUGUUCCCUAUCCCUGCACUAGGCAGGCCACCCGAAGCCAUCUGGUGAUCUACAACUGGACUACCUUCCACCGACUCCUGUUCCAUCCUGGUAUCUCACCAUUCACCCAUCUUCUAAUGCAUGCAAGGAACUAAAUUUAUCCACACCUCAAAAUCCAUCCUGAAAUGCACUGGUCCAAAUCCGCUUCCCUGUACAGCUCCUAAUGCUCCCUUUCCAUGGGUAUAUUCAUUCCCAUCUCUAAAGCAUCACAAUAGGAGACAAAAAAAGAGGAGGUUAUACAUGCUGACCUUGAGCAGAGAUAUCGCACCCUGUCGACUCUUCACUGGCUUUGUAAAUUUGCCACUGUGCUUCCAUUGAUGCCCUGCUCUUUGGGGGUUUAAAUUUGUUUCAGAGGGGAAAAUAUAUAUACUAAUUUGUGUUAACAAACAA